CGCGUCGGGGGCGAGCCGCAGUCCGCGCCGCGACACGCGCCACAACGCACCUCUGACAUGUGACCGAACAGUAUGGAAGAUUGUGAUCUUGCCCAAUACCGCGAUAUGAUCAUCGAGGGCGAACUACCGCUGGACCUGCGACCUCCGCCGCGGCUCUACCUGCCGCACUACCUGCGCGACGAGCGCGACGCCGACUACCCCCAGGACGACACGUACGUGUCCGUGGAUGAGGACGCGCCCGAGGCGCCGCCGGCCUCCAGCGACUCCGACAGGUACGACGCCGCCAGCCCCACCGACACCAAGCCCUCCACGCCCAAGAAGCCCAAGCAGAAGUCCUCAUCGCAGCUGAUCAAGCCGCCCUACUCCUACAUCGCGCUCAUCACUAUGGCCAUCCUCCAGUCGCCGCACAAGAAGCUUACCUUGAGUGGAAUCUGCGAGUUUAUAAUGACCAGGUUUCCUUACUAUAGAGAAAAGUUUCCCGCCUGGCAGAACUCUAUUAGGCAUAACCUAAGUCUGAAUGACUGUUUUAUUAAAAUACCUCGCGAGCCUGGAAAUCCCGGGAAGGGAAACUAUUGGACUCUAGAUCCUCUGGCCGAGGACAUGUUUGAUAAUGGGAGUUUCCUUCGACGGCGGAAGAGGUACAAGCGGCCGGCGCCGUCGCUGCAGCAUGCUCACGCGGUGGUGGCGAUGCUGGCGCGCGAGGCGUACGCGCCGCUGCUGCCGCUGCCGUGUUACCUGCCGCCCGCGCCGCUGCUGGCGCUGCCGCGGCCGCCGCCCGCCACGCUGCGGCCGGUGCCGCUGCCGCCGCGCGUCGCCGAGACCACGGAGCCACGAAGUAAGCGAUCUAGGAACGGGUUCUCUAUCGAGUCCAUCAUCGGCUCCCAGGACAGCCCAGUGAACUCGGAGCCCCGCAGGAGUGCGUUCUCGCCUCUCCACCAGAGCAACUGCCCGCCGGACGACUGGGCCAGAUGAAUGUAUCUAAACGGGUACGGUUCUAGUCCAUCCCCGUUUUAAUUCGUCCCGUCGGAGCGCGUGACCCUCGCAGACUGAUGAGUGCCCGGCGACAUGACCGAGGAGGUGUUCAAGUGAUCAUUGUAACAUAUUGUUGUAUAAAACAUGUACAUUUCUAGAAUGGGUAUAGAAAUCUAAAGUUUGCUUAGUAAUGACCAAUUAAUUGAAAAGUUUAUUCAGUUAUUUUUAAUUAACCGCAAAACGAUUGUUUGUUUUCAUUGAGUAUCUACGUAGUGUUGAGUGCAUAAUUUUACCUUGAUUUUUUGCAGUCAGUACCGUUAUCUAACGGAUUCUUGACACUAAAUAUAAAUUCUAAUCAAAUAUGAACUAAAAGCAAAAAUAUAAUAUUUUUUUCUGAA